AUGGCAUUCAAGAGAUCAUUUUCGAAUAGGGCAGGUGGAAACGCUGGUUCUAGUCCAGGCGAAGAAACCGUUAUAGAAUUGGAUAAAAAGAAGCAAGUCACAAUUCGUAAAUUCAACAACAUCAACCUAGUUGAUAUUAGAGAAUUCUACAUUGAUAAAGAUGGUGAAAGAAAACCUGGUAAAAAGGGAAUUUCAUUAACUGAAGACACCUGGUAUAAGUUAUUAGAAAACACCAACAAGAUUCAGAACGCAUUGGAUGUUUUGAAUGGUCAAGUUCCAAAAUCGGCCACCCCUUCUAAACAAGAAAAGCCAACCAAGAAACAAAAAGUAGAAAACAGUGAUGAUGAAGAGGAGUUUGAAGAUGUUGACAUUUCAAAGAAACCUCCAGCUAAACAAGAACAAGAAAGUGAUGCUGAUGAUUAG